CCCACCCGAGGGACCAUGUCGCGCCUCAGCUGGGGUUACGGCGAACACAACGGUCCUAUUCAUUGGAAUAAAUUUUUCCCUAUUGCUGACGGGGAUCAGCAAUCUCCGAUUGAGAUUAAAACCAAAGAAGUGAAAUAUGACUCUUCCCUGCGACCUCUUAGUAUCAAGUAUGAUGCAAACUCAGCCAAAAUCAUCAGUAAUAGUGGCCAUUCCUUCAGCGUUGACUUUGAUGACACAGAGGACAAAUCAGUAUCACUGUGGACUCAUGGAUAUUUUGGGGAGUGGAAGUUACAAUCUAUUACUAUUAUUAUUCUUUUUGAUGGCCAAGUUGUCCCAAAUUUGACAGUGGACCUCCUACAUGCUACAUCCUCUCUCCAUGUUGUUCAUUGGAAUUCAGACAAAUACCCCAGCUUUGUUGAGGCAGCUCAUGAGCCAGAUGGACUAGCUGUCUUGGGAGUAUUUUUACAGAUUGGUGAACAUAAUUCUCAGCUGCAAAAGAUUACUGACAUUUUGGAUUCUAUUAAAGAAAAGGGUAAACAAACGCGAUUCACAAAUUUUGACCCAUUAUCUCUGCUUCCUCCGUCCUGGGACUACUGGACAUAUCCUGGUUCCCUUACAGUCCCGCCUCUUCUUGAGAGUGUCACAUGGAUCGUUUUAAAACAACCUAUAAAUAUCAGCUCUCAACAGUUGGCCACAUUCCGCACUCUCCUCUGCACGGCGGAGGGCGAAGCAGCGGCUUUUUUGUUGAGCAAUCACCGCCCGCCACAGCCUCUGAAGGGCCGAAAAGUGAGAGCCUCUUUCCGUUAA